CAAGGUUCAACUCAAGGCUCGUUGGUAAAAGAUCAUUUUGCUCUUCGAACUACGUAGUAAACAGCGUGUUCGAGCAUGGCAGGGGCCGUGAAGAAGUUUUAUGAUCUGUCCGCCAAACUUUUGUCUGGGGACCUCCUGAACGUUUCCUCUCUCAAAGGUAAAGUGGUGCUAAUUGAAAAUGUGGCGUCGCUUUGAGGCACAACGGUCAGGGAUUACACUCAGAUGAACGAGCUCCACAACCGCUACGCUGAUCAGGGGCUCGUGAUUCUGGGCGCUCCCUGCAACCAGUUCGGACAUCAGGAGAACUGCAAGAAUGAUGAAAUUCUUCUGUCUCUGAAGUCUGUCCGUCCCGGAAAUGGCUUCGAGCCAAAAUUCCAACUUCUGGAGAAGCUGGAAGUGAACGGUGAGAACGCCCACCCUCUGUUUGUGUUCCUCAAAGAGAAGCUGCCUCAGCCCAGUGACGACUCUGUGUCCUUGAUGGGUGAUCCCAAAUUCAUCAUCUGGAGUCCGGUGAGCAGGAAUGACAUCUCCUGGAACUUUGAGAAGUUCCUCAUCGGCCCGGACGGGGAACCGUUCAAGAGAUACAGCAGAAGGUUCCUCACCAUCGACAUUGAAGCAGAUAUCAAAGAGCUUCUGAAGAGGGCGAAAUAGACCUGGCAAACUCCUCAUGUUGUGGCCACGCAAGAUUGACCAUCUGUUUCAUAUCACUUAUAUAUUGUUGUUUGAUAUAGGCCGACUGUGCAGACAUGAUUAAAGUGCGACUGUUUUUUAAACUGCUUACUUAAUGAAGAUGCUUCCUAAAACCUUUCUGAGGGAAGCUUCUGAUGUAACUGUAAAUGCUUAUUAUAAUAGUUGUAAUUCAUUCAUGAACUGCACAACUUAGGUUUUAUCUUUCAACUGUUAACUGAAAAAUAAACUGUUCAAAA